AAAUUUAAUAAAAAAGGUAGUUGUAAAAUUCCCAAAUAAUAAAUAAAAAUUAAGUAUUCAAACUAACACACACCCUUUAUUUAGAAUAAUAAAAAAAUUAAAAAAAAAUAUUAUAAAGACAAACCCACACCAAAUUUAUACAACACACAGAUUUUUUUAUUUAUAAUAUUUUUUUUAAUAUUUAUUUAUUUUUUGAAAAAUAAAAAUAUUUAAGUUUCUUUUUUUUUUUUUAUAUCUAUAUUUUUUUAUAUGAUUUAACAUAUAAAAGAAACAAGAUAAAUAAUAAUGAAAAAAUCAAUUAUUUUAUUAUGUACAAUAAUUUUAUCAUUUAUAAUUUCAAAAUCAGUAUCAAUACGUUUUAAUAACAUAAAUAUAAAUAGAGAUAAUAAUGAUGGUGUUAUAGAUUAUACAGAUAAUAAUAUAAAUAAUUUCAAAAGUAUUAAUAGUGAAAAUAGUAAUGAUUUCAGUCCAAAUAUUGUUGCAAUUUGGCCCAAACCAAAGACUGUAAAUCAUGGAAAUCAAACAUUUCAAAUAUCUUCAAAGUUUUAUUUCUCAAGCAAUUUAAUUUCCUCAGAAUUAUUAAAUAAUACAGCAAAAAGAUAUUAUAAAAUGAUUUUUAAAGAGGAUAAUAAAAAUAUUCCAUCAGAUAAAGAGGUAAAUUACUUUAAUUAUUUAAAAAUAGAAGUUUAUUCAGAUGAUGAAACUUUAAAGAUUGGUUUCAAUGAAAGUUACACUUUGCAUAUCAAAGAAACCUAUGGUAUAUUAAAAGCAGGAACUGUAUACGGCGCUAUGAGAGGGUUGGAAACUUUUUAUCAAAUGGUAUUUUAUAACUAUUCAUCACAAGGUUAUUUUAUCCCAGAAGCACCAUGGAACAUUUAUGAUGAGCCCAGAUUCCCACAUAGAGGUGUUAUGUUAGAUACAAGCCGUCAUUGGUACUCUACAACAUUUUUGAAGAAGUUUAUAGAUUCGUUAUCAUAUAAUAAAUUCAAUACUUUCCAUUGGCAUGCCGUCGAUUCACAGUCUUUCCCACUAACAAGUACCACCUUCCCUAAUAUGACCAGGGGUGCAUGGACCCCACUCGAAAUUUAUUCAACAAAAGAUAUUAAAGAAAUUGUUCAACAUGCAAAAGAAAGAGGUAUUCGUGUCGUUUUAGAAGUUGACAUGCCAGGACAUGCUAAAAGUUGGGGUGAAGCUUUUUCAGAAGUAAUUCCAGAUGGAAUUGAAAAGGCACCAGGAUGUAACUGGGAUUGUUCAACAUAUUGUGAUGUACCACUAGAUCCUUCAAAACAAAAGUCAUAUGACGUUGCAUUUUCAUUGUUAGACGAAUUCACAGGAACCGAGAAUAGUAUUUUUCAAGACGAUUACUGUGAUGUCCCCAUUGACCCUACAAACCCACUUUCAAUAAAAGUAGCAACUGCUUUGCUAGAAGAAUACACACAGGUUUUCAACGAUUCAUUUUUUCAUGUAGGUGGGGACGAAAUUAAUUACGAUUGUUGGAAAGGAUCAGGUUUAAUUCAACAGUGGAUGGAAAACGAAAAAUAUACAAGUUUUGAUAAUUUAACAAUGUAUUUUGAAGAGCAGGUUUUUAAUAAAUUAAUAGAUUUAGGAAAAACACCUAUUGUUUGGGAAGAGACUUUCGAUGUAUUUGGAACUAAAUUAUCUAAAGAUGUUAUAGUUCAAGUUUAUCAUUCACCAACACUAGCAAAAUCAACAACAGGUAAUGGAUAUAAAACAUUACUAUCUCCAGCAGAUUUUUAUUACUUAGAAUUAGAAUACUCAAGUUGGCAAAGAGCAUAUUCAUUCGAACCAACUAGUGUAAUUAGCCAAGAUAAUAUAGAUUUACUUUUAGGUGGAGAGGGUGCUUUGUGGACCGAUACUAUUGGUGUAAGUCAAAUUAUUUCUAAAAUAUAUCCAUCUGCAAGUUCAAUCGCUGAAAAACUAUGGAGCCCUAUUAAUAUUAACAAUACCGACAUUGCUGAAUAUCGUCUCGAAUCAUUCCACUGUUCUUUAAUUUUCCGAGGUAUAAAUAGUAAUAAUGUAUUAUCAACAUCAAUAAAAAAUUUAAAAUCAUGCAGUAAAAGUUAA